AUGACAUCAUUUGACGAUAUAAUAGCAAAGUUUAAUACAAUUAAAGAUUUAAUUUCGACAACAAUAGUUCGUGAUCAGGAACAUGCUACAUAUGCUUUGGAGUUUAGUAAGCAUUUGUAUGAGAUUAAAUGCUGUUUUGUACGCAUUUCUUGGAAGAAUAAAAUACGAUUUCUGAAAGAUUUGAUAAACGAAGUUCAAGAUAUUACGGUGCUAUCUUUACUACUGAAAUCGAUAUGGAACUGUCGUCUAAAAGAUGCUGUUUUAUCUGUGUGUCAAGACAAAGCUUGGAGUAGCUAUGAUCAAGUUCCAAUUGAUCAUAACAGAACAGUUCUUUCAUCUGCCAUCAAAGAUAUGAUAGCAAAUGAACGGAAUUGGUUUCGUUCUCUUCGAUCGGAGCAGCAAUGUCUAUUGUUUGCGGAAUUACUUUCAGUUGCCGGUGGUCCAAUAAUGUGGGAAAUGUUAAAGCAUUUACAAAAAAUUUAUGAAAACAAUAUGGAACAACAGUCAAAAAAUAUGAUAGAAUGUGUUGUGGUCAAUGAGCUACUACAGGACAGAAAACCCGUUAAUACUGAAAUAACAAAAAAAGAACAAACGCCACGUCGAAAAAGUUCUGCCACACAAAUUUUGGAAUCUUCGACACAGCCGUUCAGAACUAAACAAGCACAACAAGAGCUGGACAAAAACUUAGCUGUAUGGGACUCUACCGUAAAAAGUAUAAAAGACAGUUCUAAGUUGGAACAAUUGGAAUUGACAUAUAAAGAUGGUACAAUAAAGAGGAUGUGGAAAAUAAAUCGACCAAAAUCAGACGCAGUAGAAACUCUAGAUUUUGUUCAAUUGUUACCAUCAGCUAUAGGUAAGCGCAUUUUGUUCCAUCUACCUUUGACUCAGCUUAAUGAUUGCGCUCGAGUAAAUAGGUAUUGGGCGCACUUAGUCGACGAAUUGCGGGCAGAACUAAUAGUUCGACAGAAAAUUGAUGUCGAGUUAGAGAAGCUUCGGGAAAAUAUGUUACGUCACGAUACUAGUUUAGGUCUUUUUAAUGAGACAGAAGAUACGUUACAUUUGGAAUCACCUGAGAUUCAGAAAACCAAAGAUAAACCGUUUUGCGACAGGCCUUUCAUUUAUCCUUUGAGAUUGAAUGUAAACAAAAAUAAAAAACGACUAAUGGAAAAACCACCAUUCCGAAACAUAGAAGAUAUCAACAAGCGUCUAGUCAUACGUGGAGCCGCUGAUGAAAACAUCAGAAAAUGGUGCGCGAACACUUGUAAGAUAAAUAUGGAUCUUGGAGGACAAGAGACUCACAUUUUUGGAGUCUUCCAAAAACCAGAAGACCUUGUAUUUCCAUCUCAAUUACUAUCAGUGGGUGUAAAUAUACCAUUAAAUCCACCUCUCACAAAGGAUCCAACAAAAAAAGAGUAGCAGUGAUUGACGUAAUAAAUGAUCAAUGCUAAACAACGAAGGAAAGAAAAAACAGAAAACAUGAAAAGAUAAAAAUUAACUAAAUGUAAAGCUGUUUCUAAUU